CCAGCAAUCCUUCAACCCCAUUUAGGUCCAACUAACGCGCUUAAAAGCAGCUCAUCCCCAUGUCCUCCAUCCCGCCUUUGUUUUUCUUCAUCUUCACCUCCAUCCUUUUGAAUCCAAGUGAAAAAAAAAAAAUUUGUUCUUGCCCCGUCAUGAAUACAUCUUCCACCCCCCUCUGCGCUCCCACCGCAGACGCUGCCUUUGGCCCUGUCGUCGACGCCGCCUGUCGCGAUGGCUUCGACUUGACCCUCGUCUUUGAGCAGUCCGUCUUUGUGCUUCUGCCCGCUGCGAUGCUCGUCCUCAUGGCGCCGCUGCGACUUGUUCAGCUGCGCAAGUCGCCGGUCAAAGUGGCUGGCUAUGCGUCGCGCAUGAUCAAGCUGUCCGUCACGGGCUGCCUCGCUACUCUGCAGCUGGUCCUCAUCGCGCUCUGGGCAACUCACCAUGGACCGGCCCGUCUCAACAGCGUGUCCGUUGCCGCGGCAAGUAUCUCCUUCAUCUCCAGCCUCGUGGCCUGCGCCCUCUCGUAUUAUGAACAUGCCAGAUCCCUCCACCCCUCGUCGCUCUUGAAUCUCUUCCUGCUCGCGUCUCUGCUGCUUGAUGCUGCUGUCCUGCGCACCGUGUGGAUCGCCCUCUCUGCGACGGCCAUCCAGGCUGUUCUCACAGCGUCUUUUGCGCUCAAGACGGCACUCCUGGUGCUCGAGGCGCGAGAAAAGGCGAGCCACGUUGUUGGCCGGCCGACGCUCGCUCCGGAAGAGACGUCCGGGCUGUACAGCCGGGCCGUCUUCGCGUGGGUCGCUCCACUCCUCCGGACGGGCUUCCGGCGUCUGCUGCGGCCGGCGGACUUGUUCCCGCUGGACGAGGCGAUGAGCGUCUCGAGCUUGAGCGAGAGGUUUUGGUGGCACUGGCGCAAAGCAUCUCCCUCAACCCAGGCGAGCAAGCAUCGUCUCGUUUUAUGCUGCAUCGCUACCCUGCGCUCUGCUCUCUUCGCCGUCCUUGUCCCACGCCUUGCCCUGCUCGCUUUUACCAUCUGCCAGCCCCUGGUCCUGACCCGCUUCCUCGGCUUUCUCAACGACGAGUCGCAGUCUGUCAAGAUUGGCUACGGGCUCGUUGGCGCCUAUGGGCUCGUGUACACGGGCAUUGCGGCCACGCAGGCUCUUUACUGGCAUCAAAACGGCCGGUGCGUGACGAUGCUCCGAGGGAUCCUCGUUUCGGCCGUGUUUUCCAAGGUCACGCAAGUGAGCGUCGUUGCGAUUGACGAUUCUGCUGCCUUGACUCUCAUGUCUUCUGAUGUCGAUGUCAUUGUCCGUGCUAUGAGAGAGAUUCACGAAUUCUGGGCCAAUAUCAUCCAAAUUGCCAUUGCGACGUGGCUCUUGAGCCAACAGAUUGGAUAUGCGGCAGCGGGGCCUAUCAUCGUAUCUGCCAUCUCGUUGGUAGCGACUAUGCUUGUUUCGCCUCUUGCCAAAAAGUAUCGCGUUGGGUGGCUCGAAAUGACUCAAAAGCGAGUUGGCAUCACUUCUGCCAUGAUUGGCCACAUCAAGAGCAUCAAAAUGUCCGGCCUCUCCAAGCAUCUAUCCGACACCAUUGCCGCUCUUCGCGUCCAAGAAAUCGCCGCAUCCAAGCCCUUUAGAGUAGUUGGGGCUGUGACAUCUUCGGUUGCGCAAGUGCCGCUGCUCUUAUCCCCAGUCCUUGCCUUUGCCAUGUUCCAGGGCGUUACAGCAGCAACAGGCCAAGUACUCGACCCGACGAGGAUGUUUGCUGCGCUGUCGCUUAUUACGCUAUCCGCACAGCCUCUGUUUUGGAUUUUUGAGGUGAUUCUUAAUCUGAGUGCCGCUUUUGGUGCUUUUGAUCGCAUUCAAAGCUUCUUGGUCAAGUCUACCCGCGAUGAGUAUCGGAUGAUGGAAGUGGCCAAUAUUGCCAACUCAGCUGCGGGAGUUGCCGUUAUUGACGUUGAGGAUGCUACAUUUGACUGGUCGCAAGAUCGAUCUGUUCUGAGCAACGUCACCUUUUCUCUUAGCAGCGGCCAGUUUACUCUCUUAAUCGGCCCCAUUGCAUCUGGCAAGACGACAUUGUUAAAAGGUCUCCUGGGAGAGGUACCUCAUUCCAAAGGAAAAGUCUACAUGGCCAGAGGCUCUCUUUCUUGGUGUGAACAAACUCCUUGGAUCAUGAAUCAAACGAUCCGAGAUAACAUCAUAGGAUACUCCCACUUUGACCAAGACCUCUAUGACCAAACUGUUCAAGCGUGCGAGCUUGAACAAGACUUUGGGCAGCUCCCUCAAGGUGACUUUACCGUUGUGGGUAGCAAGGGACUUGCUCUUAGUGGUGGCCAAAAGCAACGUGUGGCGCUGGCUAGAGCCGUCUAUUCUCGACCGCAAAUCGCUCUAUUUGACGACAUCUUUAGCGGCUUAGACAAUGCCACCUCGCAACGCAUCUUCAACAAUUUGUUCUCCUCCAAUACGGGGCUGCUGAGAAAAUGGAAGACGACUAUUCUUUUGGCUACGCAAUCAGUCGACUUCCUCCCAUCCGCAGACCACGUCAUCGCUCUAGGCCGCCAAGGCAAGAUUACGGAGCAGGGAUCUUUCGAAAGGCUCUUGAUCUCGCAUGGAUACGUCCAGAAUUUAAUGGGAAAUACGUCCAUCGUCUCUGUUACUGAUGCUCACCAGGAUGAGAUAAUCUCCGAGUCUGCAGCGGAAGCCUCUGUGCCAAAAGUGGAAUAUAAAGCGAAGCAAGUUGAAGUCAAGGACGAUAAGCGGAGGCAGACGGGAGACUCGACGGUCUACAAGUACUAUUUUGGCAGUAUUGGGACGGUAUUCAUCAUCGCCUUGCUUGUUUUUGAAGUCGUCUGGGCUUUCUUACAGAGUUUUCCAACUGUUUGGCUAGAGUUCUGGUCGGAUUCUAAUGCUCAAGGGCAUAACCGAUCAGGCUUAUAUCUCGGAGUCUACGCUGUCUUGCAAAUAGUCGGCGUCUUCUGGUUCGUCCUCGUUGCCAUCGCAGCAAAGUCUGGGAUAUCUCUUCACCACAGGCUCCUCUCAGCAGUCAUUAGCGCACCAUUGUCGCUCUUCACGACAACCGACUUGGGAGCUAUUACUACGAGAUUCUCCCAAGAUAUCGGCAUUCUAGACAACAACCUUCCACUUGCCCUCGUGAUAACAAUAGCAAGCUUCUUCGGGGUCCUCGCCCGAGCAGGCCUUCUCGCAGCUUCAUCCUACUACGUAGCCAUCAGCUUCCCCUUUCUCGCCGCGUUAUACUACUUCCUCCAGCGUGGCUACCUCCGCACCUCUCGACAGCUCCGUCUCCUCGAUCUCGAAGAAAAAGCCCCCGUCUACACGCAGUUCAUGGAGACGCUCUCUGGGAUUUCCACCAUCCGGGCCUUUGGAUGGCAAAAGCAAGCCAUCUUGAAGAACCACCAAUUAGUCGACCGAUCUCAGCAGCCAUUUUACCUCCUCAUCAUGGUCCAGCGUUGGCUUGUCCUCGUCCUUGAUCUCAUCACCACGGCGCUCGCCCUCCUCGUUGUUGGUUUUGCCGUCAAGCUUCGCGGCUCUGUAUCAGUUGGACUCGCUGGCGUUUCUCUAGUUCAGCUCAUUUCCAUGAGCGAGACGCUCAACAUGCUCAUCCAAUUCUGGACUUCUAUUGAGACUUCCAUCGGGGCUGUUGCUCGCAUUAAGCAGUUUGCAGAGGAGACUCCCAAUGAGAGUCUUUUGGGAGAGGACCAAGAGCCGCCUGCCGACUGGCCCAGUAGAGGACAUGUUGUCAUACGUGACCUUGAAGCGUCGUAUGGCGAGAAUGGUGAUAUCAAGGCUCUUGAGGGCGUUACCCUGGACUUGAAGCCUGGCGAAAAGGUUGGAGUAUGUGGGCGUACAGGAAGUGGGAAAUCGUCUCUUCUUCUCACCAUCCUCCGCCUACUCGACCCCUCUUCUGGCACUCUCACUAUUGAUUCCAUCCCCUUGAACACAAUCUCCCGAGAAGUUAUCCGCUCUCGUCUCAUCACCGUCGCCCAAGACCAAUUUGUCCUCCCUGGAACGAUACGCCAAAAUAUCGAUCCUUCGUCCUCAUAUCCCGAAAGUGCCGUCAUUGGAGCUCUCCAAGCAGUGAACCUAUGGGCCGCAAUCGAUGCGCGCGGUGGCCUUGAUGCCGUAUUUGCAGAGGAUAUGCUUAGCCAUGGACAGAAGCAGUUGUUUUUCCUCGCAAGAGCUGUUUUGAAGAAAGAUUGCGGCAAAGUUGUGCUCCUGGACGAGGCUAGCAGCAGUUUAGACAAGGAAACCGAGCAAAUGGUCCGCACCACCAUCAACACGCGUUUCAAGAACCACACCGUCAUCUCCAUUGCCCAUCAUCUCGCGACAAUUCUCGAUUUCGACCGCGUCGUGGUCAUGGAUAAGGGCCGCGUUGUCGAGGUUGGAUCGCCACGAGAGCUGUUGCAGUCCCCUGGCCGCGGCAAAUUUAAAGCUCUGUGGGAGGCAAAUAGCCGUGGGACUAUGGAUGAAGAAUAGGCGCAUCGGUGGCGACGCUUAUAUGAAAGAGAGCG